AGUUGGAAGCUGCGAGACUCUUGGCAGUUGGUGUCAUCAGAAAGCACUGCCUCUACAACCCGCAGAGGAGGAUGGCAAUCUAUGGAAAAGGACCAUCACAGUUUCAAAGGGAGUAAAAAUCAACUAUCGCUAUUUUAAGGGGUUCUUCCUGGAAUCGAAGGUGAGAGCUUUUCUAAACCACAUUUGAAUACUUAAGUGUUCCUUACUAGACCUGUAUUAGACUAGUUUAGACUCCAAAAAAUGUUAAACGUAUAAUUUUACGAGUCUUUUUUCUUAAGUAUUAUAUUUCACACUAGAUAUGCUGAUGUUUUUUCUUAUAGUUUUAUAGAAUAUUUGAAUGUAACUGUAAUUCUGAUAGUACAUGUAUAUAAAUAGUUUGAUUAUGUAGUUUGUUUAGAAUGACCUGCUAAUUGUGUUCCCCUUCUGCCAUUAAGGUGAUUGAGCUUUACUUGCCUAACCACUUUGUUUCUUUAGUCAGCAAAUGUUUAAUUAAAAAAACACACUAUCUUUCUUUCUCUGUGAAUGUAAUUUUUUUUUUUUUGUAUGAUUCAGCAGUAACCUUUCAUAAGUGAAACACGUCAGUCUUGGUGGGAGGAGUGGUACCAGGUUCUCCUCAUGCGUAUUUACUUUUGGGGAGCUGAUAAUUAGCUCUUUAUAGUUUGCUUUUAUUGAAAAGGGCUGCAUGAUUAUGACAAAUCAGCAUUAAAAUGAUUUUACUGAUCUCAUGAUAAAGAGUUAUUUGUUUGAAUGCAUGUGAUUUGUGAACAGGUUUGACAGCUCUCAUAGAAUACACAAGAGAAAUGACAUACAGGCUCUCAGAACACUCCAUGCAAAUUUUUUGGAAAACCUCUAUUUAGCUUUGGUUUUUAUAGGUAGGACCACUUUUCAUGCACCAAGCAUACACAUACACAGAAUUCUAUCAUUUUUCUUUUCUGUUUAUUACACACUUCAGUAUUGAUAAUUGUGCAUGCUUAAUUGUGCAUGAUUAAUUGUGCAGCCCUGUUACUGAAUAAUGCAGACUCUGCAUUGCUGCCAGUUAGAUAAUUUUUCAACCCCAUUCCACACUGAAUAACUAACAGUCAGUAAAGUUAGUAAUGCUAACCUAAAAGUGUAAGUUUUUCUCUAAGGUAUAGCUUGGGGUGAUUUGUAGACAAUGUUAAAGCUACAGGAUGUAAGAUUUGGUAAUUUCUUCCUCUCCAGUGGACUAAUGAUAUUUCAAGAUACUUGUAGAAGAAUUUCAUAACAUGGGUUGUGCUGCGUGAUUCUCCAGUGGGCAGAAUAAUCUGAAGGUUGUGACAGGCAAAUAAUACACAUUUAACUAAUAUAGACACCUCUGGUGUUCUGACAUAGUACUUAGGGUGGUAGUAUGUGGUUUGAGAUGUAACCCAAACUGUAACAUUAAUUGCCAUCGAGGUGUACCAAGUAUUACAGAAGUAUUGUGAAAAUAAAAACUUUAUUGUGUGGAUAAAUGUAACUGUUACAGUUACAGAGUACUAUCUGAAAGAACAUAUUGUCUUUCCCUUAACAAGAUCUUGUCUUUUAGCUACCACACUAACAUUAGACAGCUAGCUCGAUAACACUGGCUGAUUUGAGUUUUGUUGUGAUCCAUCAGUGAUGUGUUUGAAAAUCCCCGAAUCAGUGCCAUGGUCCAGCAGUGUUACUUCUGCAAGAUCAGUAUACAGCACAAAGCUGAUAGUAGCAAGCUAGCUGGCCAGCACUAGCUCUGAAACACAAGGUGUUGUGUGAAGAAGUUAUGAUCCGUCAGUAAACUGUACAUGCAUGUCUACCUGGCUCUGUGUCAUUAAGACCAAUUAUUAUUAGAGAUACCUAACUCAGUACAGUAGAAAGGCAAAGGCUUCUCUGUGUUCAGUCGUACUGGAACUUUGGGGACGGGCCUUUGGCCAUACAUCUUUAGGACAUACUUUGAGCUGGUGUACGAUGUGUGUUCAAAAGCUCCCACCAAAUUGAAUUUGACAGCUCUGAAUUCCUGUUAGUUUGUAUUAUAGGAGUCCCAUGGCAAUUCACAAAACGCUCAGGAACAUGAUGAUUUCGAUAUCUCCCGGUUCAAUAAUGCUGUUGUUUUCAUUUUUUAACCUAGAAAUCCUACACACUGUAGCUUUAAAUGUUACAACUGUUUUGAAUAAUCUUCCCAUUGCUGCAGUCAGAGAAGUUUCUAAUUUCAGACUGGUAAGUAUAAUAGCGUGUAGAUUUCUUCAGUAAGGCAGCAAUCUAAAUAAAAAUGUCAAAGCAGUUGUGUAGCCUUGUAAUGCCACUGUAUUUCUUUUGACUAAUCAAUCCACUUUUCAGAUGUCAACCAACUGUGACUGGGUGGCUGAAAGAGUGAAUGCAGGUGGUCCAUGUCAAGUCAUAGUCAAUAAUUGGGAGACCCAUCAGCAGCCUCGGUCAUUGAGUUCCUCAGAAUCGGACCAUGAAAUUGAUGAUGGGCAGUUUGGAUUCUAUAAUGGUGUUGAGUGUGUGGACUCUGGCUGGUUAACAUGUCAGACAGAGAUCCGUCUACGUCUCCAUUACUCUGUUAAGCCACCAGUGUCCAUUACCAAGAAGAAAUUCAAGACAUCUCGCUUUAGACUGAAAUUGAUGCUGGAGGGUAUUGAAGAGGAAGAUGAUGAGGAGAGCCCUUCAUCCUGGCACAAGAUGACUACCACACUAGAGAUUAGUAUGAUCAGUGAUAGUGGCUAUAAGUCCCGUCACUCCCAGCCAGAGUGUGGCUAUGCCCUGGAGCCAGCGCUGUGGACUGAGUACAGUAUUCACACUAUGGAACCUGACAACCUUGAGCUUGUGUUUGAGUUUUUUGAGGAGGACCUAAGUGAAAAGGUCGUUCAGGGUGACAUCCACCCAGGUCAUGUUGGCACCGCCUGCCUCUUAUCUUCUUCUUUUCUGGAAAGUGGCAAGGAUAUUGGAGUGGUUACCCUCCCAAUCAUGAGCAGAAAUUCCAGGCAGACCAUUGGCAAAGUCAGAGUGGACUACCUGGUUAUUAGGCCUAUUCAAGGCUGUACAUGUGACAUGAGCCAGUGCUACACUAAGUACUGGCGAAAGAGGAGUGCUCUGGAUGUGGGCCACAGAGGAGCAGGGAGCACACAUGCUGCCAAACAUCACAAGAUCAGGGAAAACACAAUUGCCUCAUUUCUAAGUGCUGCUAAUCAUGGUGCUGCCUAUGUGGAGUUUGAUGUCCACCUGUCCAAGGACUUAGUUCCAAUUGUGUACCAUGAUCUUACAUGCUGUAUUUCCACUAAGAAGAAAAAUGACAAGAAUUCUAUGGUGUUGUUUGAAGUUCCUGUGAAGGAUCUGACAUUUGACCAACUUCAGCUUCUUAAACUUGCCCACUCUACAGCUAUGAAGGUGCAUGAUCACAAAGAUUUACAGGAUGAGGAGGAGUAUAUAGAUGAACAUCAGCCAUUUCCUUCACUUUCUCAGAUCUUUCAGACUGUUCCAGACAAUGUAGGAUUUAAUAUAGAGCUGAAGUGGAUAUCCCAGAUGAAGGAUGGCUCGUGGGAUGGAAACCUGUCCACUUACUUCAACAUGAACCAGUUCCUGGAUGUCAUCCUCACCUGUGUGCUCCAGAAUGCUGGAAAGAGAAGGAUUGUCUUUUCUUGUUUUGACCCUGAUGUGUGUGCGAUGGUGCGGCGGAAGCAGAACAAAUAUCCCAUCCUGUUCCUGACUCAGGGUGUGUCAGAGGUCUACCCUCAGCUGAUGGAUAUACGCUGUCAGUCCACACAGAUUGCCAUGAGCGUUGCUCAGAGUGAGAACAUUCUGGGUAUCAGUGCUCACACCGAGGACCUGCUGCGUAACAUGGACUGCAUUACAGAGGCCCAGUCUAAAGGCUUGGUGGUCUUCUGCUGGGGAGAUGACAACAAUGACCAUGACAACAGGAGGUUGCUCAGGGAGAAAGGCAUCGAUGGCCUCAUUUAUGACAGAAUCUGUGACGACCAGACUGAGCAGCCCAAUAUCUUUAAAGUAGAAGAGAAAGUGUCUAUAAAAGAGGUGAUUCCCGAGGAGACGCUGAAGAGUUGUGCCUGCUCCACAUACAGUAUUUCCUGCUCAGCUGUGUCUUGCUCAGGUGAGGUUCGAGCAGGCAGCGGCGAGUCAGACUCAGGCCUCAGCUCAUCUUGAGCACACCAAAAUUCCAGCCUUUUGUAACACAGUAAAACACACUCACACACAUAUGCACCUUCUCCCUGGGUGGUUUUCACCUAAGCAAUGUUUCUGCCAAAUGAUGACUUAUGUAAUGGCAUAUGCUUGAUCACUAGAUGAAAAAAUAUCUUAAUUAUAUUAAAGAAAAUACUCAGUAUAUUUCAAAUGUCCACAUGGGCAUUCCUGAUGUAUUUACUGCUACUUGUUGUAAAUCUAAGUGCUUUUUAUUUGGAUUAUAUUAGCAUUGCCUUGUGAUUUUUUUUUUUCUUUAUUGGAAUACCACCAUCACAGUAAUGGUUGCCAUAGUUAAUGAUUUUAUUCUCCUUAAGCUACUUCAUUCCUCUCUGUAUUUACAAUAUUUAACAUUGUUUACUAGAACGUGUAUUACAGCAUCAUAAACUUAAAUUAUGACCUGCAGAGUGUCACAUUUUAAACUUACAAAACUCACUAUAACUCUUUGGGCUUUUACAUAUUGCAGAAUUUGUUACUAAACUACAAAAUUAAGUGCUCAAUAUAGUAUAGUAUCAUAUACAAAUCUAAUCAAAAAAUCUGUGAUUCAAAACAUACCCAAGUAUUUUUGAGAGCUUACAAGUAAAAAUAUAAAAACCUGAAGAAUGCUGAACAUAUUAAUGCACAAAACAUGCAAAUGGGCAUAAGUAAAGUACAAAGCCUAAUGCUGAGGAGUCACAGAAACUAAAAUUAAACACUAGGCUGCUGUGCAGUUUAAAGUAUUCGAGAAAGCGCUGUGUAUCGUGAUUCUUAUGCUCCUGAACACCGCUGCUGUAAAUCUCUCUGUGCUGAAUGUUAGCAUGGCCGUGUCUCUGUGUUGGAAGUGUUCUGUUCAAGUAGGGGCCUAAUUAUUUCUCCCACUCUGCGGAGCAAUGGGGCCAUGCUUCAUAUGUCUUAAACAAGCUCCACAGAGCUCAAAACACUGAGCUCACUGGGUGAAUGCACUGGAUAAUUCACUGCAUAAUGAGGACCCGCUGAAAUGAAUACUAAAACAACUAAAAUAAAGUUAUUUAAGAAAAGUU